GCUAGCUCAAUCGCUCCGCGCCGCACACGAAUCGCUCACGGUCGCGCAAACAUGCGUUUCGAACCGCUCUGAUUGCCCGCGAGGACAUCACGCGCGUAUCAGCGUCUAGAUAGUGGCGUCGUCCGCCUAAUUGAAGGAAGAUAUGGAUCCAGAGAAUGUGGGCAAGGAAACUAUUCUAAAGGUGACAGAUUGGCUGCGUGGAGUUUGGGAAAUGAGACGGCGUGCCGGUGGACCGGUGCAACAAUGGAUUGACUCGAUACCAUUGUCCACAAAAUCGGAGAUCGCCAUUGGCAGCGAGUGCCGGGAGCACGGCCCGAGCAAAUCGUUAACACUAACAGAGCCUAAGGACAUUCCGUUUCCUAAGGAUCCAAAGCCUCCAAGUAUGACUGUAUCGGCGCCUAUUAAUGUUCCUAAUUCUGCAGCAAUGAAUACACCAACACUUCCAAGUUCGUUUCCUCAUCACAGACUGGCGCGAGACGCGAGCUUUCAGUCGGACAGCAGUCACUGCAGCAGCGUUGAGAGUUUAUUAGAAUUACGAAAAGCGGAUCCGACAGCGAUCCUGCUCGAUCUUGGUUUCGGCGGCUGCUCGGCCAGUCCGCAGGAGAACGGAUCGGUUUCUCGCAUUCCUAAACGGUUCCUUCAGCCAUCGUCGUUACAAGGCAUCGCUAUAGACGAGUUCCUUAAGCAGCAGCAGCAAAGCAGCGAAUCUUUUGAUUCAGUAUCUUUAGGAUAUAGAGGUCUAACAGGAUCACCAUAUGUAGCGCCGUCGGAAAUUGUGCAAAAGAUUAUGGACCGCUUGCGGGAGCACGAAAGCCAUGAAGGGGAUACGAGUGCGUACAGCUGCGAACCGUGCAGUCCAUCGCAGCAAAAUGGCAGGCUCUCUGUUCUGUCUCCUGAUAACAGGCAGUUCUUGGAACAGCAACGUUCCAGAAGUCCGGAUAUGCGCAACAAACGUAUGAUUAUAGGAGAAAAGUCGUUUGCCUUCGGAUGCGACGGAAAUUUAAUUGAAAUAUCCACAAGUGGCACGAAACUUGCGUCCAGUGAUGCGAAAGAUGAUGACGAUAGCCUGUUGGAUGCUAAUGUAUCUAUAGAAUUAAAGCAAUCCUCUCCGGAAGAAAGUAUAAUGUCCCAUUACUGGUACUUUUCGACGAAUGACAAGAAGCUCACGAAACAGUUGUCGUUUGACGAUACUGUCGAAUUUCCUAAAACUGACCAAUUAUCAAAAGACAAUCUGGUGGACCCAAAUAGCUCGGACAUUGCUCAAAGUGGCACAAGUGUAGAUGAUAAUAAACGAGAAUACGAUGCGUCGACUCCCACGUGCAAAAAAUACGAGUUCCCUGACAUUCGUACGGCUAGCUACGGUUCCUUUGACACUUUGAAGAGUAAAUUUUUGAAGAGUAAAAUGCUCGAGGAGCGAAGAUUUAGUGAUGGCGCAAUGCGCACCACUGAAAGCCAAAGUAAGGGAAGCACGUUAAUAGAGAAAAGAAAAAGCUUCAAAAGACAGUCCAGAGUGUGUGAUACAGCUGCGAUGCAUUAUUGCGAUCUGAGUCCUAUUAGAUCUAGCGUAUCGAAUGCAAUAUCUGAAUCUAAUAUAGACAAUGAAGAAGAAGAAGUAUCGAAUAAUGUAACUAAUAGUGCGCACCAACUAGAUACAUUAAAACCAUUCGAGCCUACUGAGCGUAAAAGUGAUCUGGAACCAACGAUAGAUACGGAAUCUUCAUCUGGAAAGCCUACUUGUACGCCUUCGCCAUCGAGGAUUAGCGAAUCCAUCGACAAGAUAGAACGAUCCUUAGCUACAGAGGCAGACUCAGCAGAGGAAGAUUUAGCACCCAGCGAUCAUUCAGGUAUGGAAGAUAAUCAAAUUUGUUGUUAUAAAAGUAGUGUGUGUACAGAUUGUAAGCACGGUAAGAAUUGCACAGAUUGUUACUGUCACGCCGACAAACGGAAAUAUUGGAAAAAGAUGGAAAAGAUCAUGCGGGAAAAUAGAAAGUUGGAGGAUAUGCUAGCGAGAAGUAGAAGGGAGAUGGCAGAAAUUCGUGAUAUGCUGAGUAAUGUUUUAUCGGUUAGAAUGGAACCAGGAUUUUAAAUGAACCGUCAAAAGAUUGGAUUUUUUGCCAGUUUUUGAUGAAAGAGAGAAAUGGCUAACUAUAGUUAUCAUCUUGUGAUAUAGGAUAUGUGUGUACUAGGGCAGAAAACUCUAAUACCCUCAUAAAAUUUCGAGCUUUCUAUACAUUCAACAUUUCGGACUGGUCUACUUCUCUAUUUUAGAAAUCGAAUAUUUUCGAAGCACGUGUUUUGUAAGACACAAAGAAUAUUUCUACGACCUAUACACGAGAAUAACGGAUCUUUUAGCGUCUAUUUUUAAUUCAAAAUAUUGAGAAACACAAAAAAUAUGAUAUUACCUCUGUGCUAAGCGCGCCAUAAAAAAAUAUUAGCACAAAUCUUUUUAUAUGUUUGCACCUUUAUUCGCAACUCGUGCAUUUUUUUACACAUCUUAAAACGAGUUAUAAAUAAAGAUGCAAAUCCUGUUGAAGUAUACAAAUUUUAUUUAAUACUAGGUCAAAAAGAUGAGUGCAAUAAAUCUAACGUUGCAAUAUUUCGUUGAACAGUGUAUAUUGCAAUGAGUAAACAUAAGUUUAUGAGGUGAAUGCGCAUGAAAUUGAACAUAUCAAUGAUAUUAUGGAAAUAUUAGUUAACAGGAGAGAAGAGAAUUUUGCAAUCGACAAUUCGGAUACCAAUUCAGCGGCGAUAUUAAAGCACGUAAGAUGAUUGAGUUUUAUGUCGCCUGGCUUUUUUGACAAUUUGACUUUUGCUGCUGUGCAGAUUUUAUUCUGCAACUUACUCGAAACGACUGACCGACUCAGUCUAUCUUGGCUUACUUUGGUUUUUUUUUUCUUUCUCUCUCCCUAUCUCACUCUAAUCGUCUCAUUGUUGUGUGAAUCCUAUACAUUCCCGUUACCAUAUCUAAUAUACUUGUUAAGUUUGAAAUGUCGAAUUAACGUUUGUUACCUUCUAAUUAUAUUUGUUGAUGGAGCAUCUCGUUUUACCUCACGGUUGGCAAGCAAUUUGUCACAGUUUUCCCUUGUUCACGUUUGGUAGUGUCUGUAUAGUUUAUUUAGUAUUUUAGUCAUAUGUAUUUUGUAAUAUACAUGUGCAUCAAAAAGAAUUAACUGCAUUAGAGCAUAACAGUGGGAGCACGAUCAAAAUAGUGACGAAAGUUUGAUACUUUCGUCAGUUUUCUAAUAGGUGCGUACAUUUCACAAUAAUAAGUUUUAAUCAUAACGAAUACUAGCCACUUCAUGCUUUAUGCAAAAGGAAUUUGAGAUCUAGUCCUGUACCGUUACUGUGAACACAGUGAUAUCUAAUUUUUAACUUUUCCUUGUAUAACCAAGAUAAUAACUCCAAGAAAUUUUAAGAAACUCAUGGUUUUGAAUAUUAAUAUAUUAAGAAUUAGUUCGUCCUGCCAUAAAUAAUAAAGUCAUCACUUCUUGAUUAUGGGUAUUUUUACAUCGUAAUUGUAAAUAAUAUAUACAUUUAUUUAGCUUUAAUGUAUUUUUUUUUAAUCUAACAUGAUUUAGCAAAACGGCAUAGUAUAAGUAGCUGAUAUAUUAAAAGAAUCUCCGUAUUAAUUUCGUAAGAAUUAAUCAAGUGUGUUUAUUGUGCAAAUUAUACGAUAGUAUAAAUAGCAGAAUAGCAGAAUCAUUUACAAAAAUAUAUUUGGGCAGGAGCAGAAAAAAUGUUAAGUACAUUAAAUUAAUAUAUAUUUAUAUAUUGUGUUAUUAAAUGUAUAUGUUUGUCCACUUUUUACUUAAUGCAUAAAAUGCUAACAUCAAUUGGAAGUUUAUUUGAUAUUACUAAGUGCGUUUUUACUCAAUUUUUCUUAAGUCAUAACACUCACAUCGUCACUCAAUAAAGGAAAUUGCAUUUUUUUAUUUAAUCGCAAUAUAUAAUCAAAUUGUAAUUAGCACAGAGAUUACAAGAUUAUAAUCAAAACGAUUCAGUACAAAUCAUAAACUUUGGAACGUUAUUUAACUUUUACAUAAUGAACUUUUUACACAGUAAACAUCCACUUUUUACAUAAUAAGUCGAUAAUAUAUUCUGUACUUAUGAUAUUUUUCUCGUUUCUUGCACAAUUAUUAAGUGAUGAAGUCCAAAUAAGAUACAUAUUAUCUAUAGUAGUACAGAGAGAGAAAGUAGUUAUACAAACAGAAUAGGAGCACUCUAGAAGUAAGGUACAAUUGUACAACUGUGGGAGAACUCAAUAAAUAUUUACCACAA